AGAGAAAGUUAAGAAUGCCCAGGCCUGAGGGCGUCAGCCGGCCCGGCCCCACAGCCAGAGUCGCUUGGCUUGAUCUGGACAAGCUUCCCAAUAGGGCAUGACAUGUCUUUGUCUGAUGAGCAACCUUCACUCCACAGCUGGCAAGUAUAGACGGAACUCUUCCAAUGAGGGUCCAGGGAUUACUCAAGAGCAUCUUCCAAACUGCGUAUAGGGAUUCGGAACAUCCUGGACCUUUGUCCAUAAUACGGCCUGAUGGAUUCAGCCCCGUCUUUCAGUGGCGCUUCUCGUAUGCCUUGUAUGCUACAUUGGCAUGUGGGCCAUGCAGCCUGCAGACCAGCUUGGCCAGCAUGUGACAAGGAUUGCUGCAGAAGAACGUCACCAAGUAUAAUAAUAUGCUGUUCCCGGCCGUCUGGUUCGUUUCGCGUCCCUGAAGGUUGUGCCGUCUUGAUCUGCCACGUGUGAAACAGAGGACAGGAUGGCUUCCAUUGACACAUCAAAACCUCGAAACGAGACAUCUAACCUCAUUGGGCUUGCCCUCAGAGCGGCUGAGGAUUUACAUAGCCAGGCAGGACGCGUUGGUGACAAUAUCAACCUCGCCCGCAAUUUCGGCCAGACUGUCCUCGCCAAUGGGGUCAUUGAUGACCGUAAAUUCCUUUAUGAGGAGAUCAUCCGCCUCGCGGCAUCACUGCCGAAUGAUUCCCGGCUUCGCAAUGACCUGAGCGGAGCCUUCAUCAAAAGCCUCUGGGGUGCCCUUCAACACCCUCCAAUGUCCUUCUUGGGAGAUGAGUUCAAGUACCGGACUGCGGAUGGGAGAAACAACAACAUCAUGUACCCACAGCUUGGUGCUAAGGGAUCACCUUAUGCACGCAGCGUCAUUCCCACCCAUACGCGGAACAUCAAACUGCCAGACCCCGGACUCAUAUUCGAUUCGCUUUUGAGUCGAGAGGGACGUGCUAGAGAGAGUCCCACUAAAGUCUCGUCGUCGCUCUUCCACUUUGCAACGAUCAUUAUCCAUGAUAUCUUCAAGACCUCGCCCGGGACUGCCAAUCUUGAUUGUUCAAGCUAUCUUGACCUCGGUCCACUCUAUGGUCACGAUGAGGAGCAACAACAUUCGGUUAGAACGAAAAAGGACGGCAUGUUGAAGAAGGAUACAUUCGCGGAACAGCGGCUGAUUGGCCAGCCCCCUGGAGCGUGUGCCUUGUUGGUUGCAUUCAACAGGUUCCACAACUACAUUGUCGGAGAGCUCGCCACGAUCAAUGAGAACGAUCGGUUCAGCAUGCCUCGAGGAAAACCUGACACUCCAGAGUAUAAAGCGGCACUGGCCAAGCGUGACAACGACCUAUUCCAGACUGGGAGACUUAUCACCUGUGGCCUCUAUGUUAACAUCAUACUUGGGGAUUAUCUCCGCACAAUUCUCAACCUCAAUGACAACCCUGUGGCCUCUGACUGGAGGCUCGAUCCACGUGAGACGUUCACAAAUGUCUUCGACCCAGAAGGCACUCCGAAAGGUCUUGGCAACCAAGUGUCAGCGGAGUUUAACUUCGUAUACAGAUGGCAUGCAGCCAUCAGCAACGAGGACGAGGAGUGGCUGAACAGGUUCAUCGCUGAUGAAGUCCUCCCGGGACUGGAUCCUACCACUAUCAGCCCGAGGGAGCUUGGACAAUAUUUGAAGGCGUGGCUAGACGAGCAUGCGCCGGAAAAGACGCCCGAGACAUGGACUUUUGGUAAUCUGAAGAGGGUCGACGGGGCGUUCAGGGAUGCUGAUCUGGUCAAUAUUCUUUCGGCCGCCACUGACGCAGUAUCUGGCGCCUUUGGUGCUCGCAAUACUCCUGUCGCACUCAAGGCUAUCGAGAUGCUUGGCAUCAACCAGGGUCGCCAAUGGGGUCUCGCGUCUCUCAAUGAGUUCCGCCAGUUCUUCAAGCUGAAGCCCUUCACCUCUUUUAAGGAGAUUAAUUCUCAGCCCGGAAUCGCUGAGACUUUGGAAGCAUUGUACGGACACCCGGACAAUAUCGAGCUAUACCCGGGUCUGAUGGCUGAGGAGGCAAAGCCGUCCUUCUCCCCGGGCUCUGGUCUUUGUCCCGGGUACACUAUAUCGGAAGCCAUCCUAUCUGAUGCUACAACCCUAGUGCGCGGAGAUAGAUUCUACGCGCUCGAAUAUGGACCACAAAGCUUGACCAGCUAUGGGUUCAAAGAGGUUGCAUCUGACUACGAUGUCGCCGGAGGUGGUCUCAUGUACAAGCUACUGAUGAGGGCGUUCCCAGGCUGGUAUCGAAGCAACAGUGUAUACGCCCUGUAUCCGUUCAGCACGCCUGAUCGGACGCGUGAGAUAUUCCUCAAGAAUGGGCUGCCCCACGACAUUCAAUUGAGUUACGAGCGUCCCCAAUUUGCUCCGCCCCCUGUCACAGUCAAGAGCUACAAGAGCGUCGUCAACAUCCUCAACGACCAGCAGAGCUUUAAAGUUCCAUGGGGUGAGCACAUGAAUCAGCUCAUUGGCCACGACGUUCCGCUUCCGCUCUCGGGUGACAUGCCAGCCAAUGCCAAGCAGCGCGAGGAGAUCAAUUCAGCGCUGUACAAGCCUCAGAAUACCCUCGAGGAAGUGAGGAAGUUCUACGAGACUGUUACAACGGACCUCAUCCAAAAGAACAGACGCAAGCUGGGCACCUAUGCCUAUCAAAUUGAUGUUGUGAAAGACAUUGGGAAUCUCGCCCACGCGUUAUUCACAGCUCGCUUCUUGGCCCUCCCUCUGAAGGAAGACCCCAACAGCCACGCGCCAGGCCUCACUGCCCCGGAGAUCUUCCGCGCCCAAACCAGCCUUUUUCAGUACAUCUUCCUCGAUGUGGACACGGCAAAGUCGUACAAGAAUCGAGUACAAGGGUCGAGGGAUGCGACGAUGCUUGGCAAUAUCAUGCGCAACGUGGUCGAGAGCACCAAGCAUAACCCCGGCCUGAUCGAGAGGCUUAUGGGCCUUCUUGGCCAAGGCAAAGAGGUCCCAGACAUCCCCGGGUUCGGCAAAGACAUGGUGAGCAGAUUGUUGACAGACGGAAAGUCGAUCGAAGAUGUUGUCUGGGAGCUUAUCUCUACACAAGCCGCGGCAGCUUCAACGCAGCCCGCAGGGUGGGCACAACUCAUCGACAUAUAUAUGUCCGACAAGUACAAAAACCACUGGCCUGCAAUCGUAACCCUCGCCCAGUCGGAUUCCCCAGAGGCUUUUGACAAGCUAAGAAAAUAUGCCUUAGAGGGCUUUCGCCUCUAUCCAGCCGCUUCAGGCGUCAUCCGGGUCGCAGCAGCCAGCAACACACAACUGAAUGACGGCGGCAGCACCACGACCCUACCCCAAGGCGCAGGGAUAUUUGCCGACUUCAUCGCCGCUGGCAGCGACCCGGCCAAGUUCCCCGAGCCCACAGAGAUCCGUCUCGACCGGCCGGAAGAGAGCUACAUCCAACACGGGUGGGGCCCGCACGAGUGCCUGGGCCGGGCCAUAUCGAUAACCGCGGCCGCGGCCAUGCUCAAGGUCUUCGCGCGGUCGUGCCCCAACGUUCGCCGCACACCGGGCCCAGCGGGCGAGAUCAAGUCCAAGCUGUUCAACGGGCAGUUUCCCGUGUUCCUGUCCGACGAUGGCGGGAGCUGGGAGGUGUUCCCUGCCUCCAAGAAGGUGCUUUUUGAUGUCGUGGACGGCGUGAAUGGGAGCACUAAUGGCCAUGGGAGUACUAACGGCCACGGGAGCACCAAUGGACACAGCAAUGGGCAUCAGUCUAACGGGAUGAAUGGCCACCACUAGACUUGGCUUAGGACAAGAUUGAGAUAUCUUUAGAUGUGCUACUACCGUGCCACCAUCGCACCUUCAAGAAUGACAAUACGCGAUAGCGCAGCCCCUAUGGUUUAAAUUACCAACUCUGUGAUCACCUUCUAUAGGCCCCUGUAUGAAAAGCUCCCGAAGGGGAGUGUCCAGGGAGAGUCUUGGGGAGUUGCGUAGGAGUGUACCCUAAAAGAGUGCAUGUUAUGGACGACUAUUCCACAAUAGGUCUUCUCAUAUAAUGCCAUUCCGUGAGAGGUUCUGCUGUAGAAGUAUAGGAUGGUUUGGGAGCUCCAUUGGGAGGAGGUGGAUACUGUAGCCUAGCGGCAAAGGUCGUAGUCGUAGCCAUGGUACCUAAUGUUUACCAGGAGUAGCUUGC